UCUACUGCUGCUGUGGAGGUUCCCAACUCAUGGAAGUCCUGACCUGACCCUGUAUACCCCAUCCCCCUCUUCCUUUGUCUCCCCUCCCCCCACACAUCUUCCAUUAUCAGCACUGGCCCUAUCAGGAGCCUCCAGUGCAGGGACAGGAAGUGAAGUGUGGGCAGGAAAACACUUCCCCCACCAUCGUUGUGCCCUGGAGGGGUUAAUACCUGGGAGAUUGUGGUCACCUGGAGACAUUAAAGCCUGUUAGAGGCGGGGCCGUCCCCUCCCCCAGGAAGGGGCUGUGUGUCUCCUGGCCAUGUCCCCCACCGCCUGAUCCACCACCAUGUCCUAUGGCAGCCUGGACCCGGGGGGGCCCCGGUACCCCACAACCGACGAUGAGAUCUACGGGGAGGGGCUCUCUGAGGGGGCGAUCCCCGCCAUGUCACUGACCCCCCCCAACAGCAACGAUGCCUGCCUGAGCAUUGUCCACAGUCUGAUGUGCCAUCGGCAGGGGGGGGAGAAUGAGGGCUUCGCCAAGAGAGCCAUCGAGAGUCUGGUGAAGAAGCUGAAGGAGAAGAAGGACGAGCUGGACUCGCUCAUCACUGCCAUCACCACCAACGGCGUUCACCCCAGCAAGUGCGUCACCAUCCAACGCACGCUGGACGGGCGGCUGCAGGUUGCCGGUAGAAAGGGUUUCCCUCACGUCAUUUAUGCCCGUUUGUGGCGCUGGCCAGACUUGCACAAAAACGAACUGAAACACGUUAAGUUUUGUCAGUACGCCUUCGACCUGAAGUAUGACAGCGUGUGUGUGAACCCGUACCACUACGAGCGGGUGGUGUCUCCUGGCAUUGGUUUGAGCAUCCCGAGUGUAGGCACACCGUGUCGGUCUGUAAAAGAGGAGUAUUCUCAUGACUGUGAUAUGGAAGCUCCUUCAUGCCUCUCAGCAUCUCAAGACCUCCAACAAUCUGUCCAACACCCUUCUUUACCUCAAAUGACAUCUUCGGACGGCUACAGACCAUCUCUUCCGCCUCUAACGCUACCCAAAAGCCCUCAGUCCAACGUUAGCAUGUACUCGAACAUGCCUAUAUCACCAACUGGACCUCCUGGUUGCUCUCUGCCUUCUCACGCACAUGGUGAAGGCAUGAUGACAAUAGCUCCUCCUCAGCAAAUGGUGUCCAGCUCUCCUCCACCCACCCCAACUCACAACUCUCAGAGUAACGGUUACCCAUCACCACCCAAGCAGCCCUACCACACCUGGACAGGAAACAGCACGGCGGCGUAUUCACCCAAUCCAGUGCAAGUGCAAUCUAAUGGGAGAGGAAGCCAACAGCCCCCGCUUCACCAUCCCAACCAGUACUGGUCUCUCCACCAGAGCUCCCCCCAGUACCAGCACCCCGUUUCCAAUCACCCAGGUCCAGAGUUCUGGUGUUCUGUCGCCUACUUCGAGAUGGAUGUCCAGGUCGGAGAAAUCUUUAAGGUGCCAUCGAACUGCCCCAUUGUCACGGUGGACGGAUAUGUAGACCCUUCCGGAGGUGACCGAUUCUGUCUGGGUCAGCUGUCUAAUGUGCAUCGAACCGAUACCAGCGAGAGGGCCAGGCUUCACAUCGGGAAGGGCGUUCAGUUGGAGUGCCGCGGAGAGGGUGAUGUCUGGAUGCGCUGUCUCAGCGACCACGCCGUUUUCGUGCAGAGUUACUACCUGGACAGGGAGGCCGGACGGGCCCCAGGGGAUGCCGUGCACAAAAUCUACCCCGGAGCCUACAUCAAGGUGUUCGAUUUGCGACAGUGUCACCGCCAGAUGCAGCAGCAAGCCGCCACGGCACAGGCGGCGGCAGCAGCUCAAGCAGCAGCGGUGGCUGGGAAUAUCCCUGGUCCUGGGUCUGUGGGUGGAAUCGCCCCGGCAGUCAGUCUGUCGGCAGCGGCUGGUAUCGGCGUGGAUGACCUCCGCCGUCUCUGUAUCCUGCGUCUCAGCUUUGUCAAGGGAUGGGGGCCGGAUUACCCGCGUCAGAGCAUCAAGCAGACACCAUGUUGGAUAGAAGUUCACCUGCAUCGGGCCCUGCAGCUCCUUGACGAAGUUCUCCACACAUUACCGAUGGCCGAUCCCAAUUCGGUCAACUAGUAGAGGCCGGUGGAGCAUGAACACUUUAUUGCACGAGGCUUUCAUCUCUACCACGAGUUCUUCUGGGAUCUCUGGAGUCAAAAACUUUAUUCUACACCAAAUCCUUCGUGAUUGGCAAAGUGCCAUCAGAUGCCAAUAAACCUACAGAGUGAGCCAGCGUGGUCCCUUCUCUACAGGAUUUUAGAGGUUCACCUCAAGUCAGGGACCCUUGACCAUCUAUGAGCUUGUUGGACCAAAUCAAACCAUGGCCAUGGAUAUGGAGUUGGCCUCCCUUUUGUGUGUAAAGGACAUCCACUCUUCUAGGAAGACUUGCCGCAGGAUUUUGGAGGGUGUGUCUGGGAAUUUGUGAAGUCAGGUACUGAUGUUGGGACGCCUAUAUCCUCAAGCCUCACGUUGGGCACCAAUAAAAAGACUUGGCUUGUAAUUGGGGUUUUGAUCCAUCCUUGGUUGUUCAGUAGGGUUGGGGGUCAGGGUGCAGGACAAAAAUCCCUCCACACCAAACUGGUCAAACCAUGUCUUUUUUUUUUUGGAUCUGGCUUUGGACUGUGGGGCACAGUUAUGACGGAACAUUAAAGGGCCUUCAACAUCAGGCUGGAAGAGCACAAUCGUCUACAAUGUACAUUGUAGUAUUACCAGUAUUGUUGCUGGGAGCACCUGAACUCCAUCACUGGGGAGGGAAAUCCAUACAUUUUGGCCAUAUGUUGUAUUUUCAAGGACAUUGACUGCAGAAGGAACCCAAAAUCCAAAGACCCCCCCCCCCCCCCCCAAAAUAACUUUCUCUAUGCCAUUAAGACAGUUUGGGCUACCUCAGUUGCAGACCACCCCCCAACUUUCCACGCUUAGGGACUUUUUUUUAAGCUGCCUAAAAAAAAGGCAAAUAUUGAUUUUAUUUUGUCGGUUUUAGGAGGUUCUGGGGGGGGCUGUGAUGAUACUGGUACCAAAAACCAUUUACCAAAUAUUACGAUUGCAAAUGACGGAAAAUGGACAUUUUAUUUUAUAUAAAGAAGUUUCCACAUAGAAACCGACUUAUCCUAAAUAAAAUAUUUAUGUAUGAUUGCUUAUAAA